AUGGACACAUGGCGCCUUCAUUGUCAAAACGCUUUUGAUGGCGAUCAACAUGCCAGUGCGCUGGUGGCUCUAGUAGAAACAGGAUGCAUGCACAAAGGUGACCAUGUCGAGAUCAUCGCUCAGGAUCCAGCCAUAGCGGCCAGCCUUGCACAGCUCGGAUUCACAGUCUCACAGGACCAUACCUAUACCCUACCAAGCGCACAGCAGAAAGAAUAUGUGCAAGUCAAGCGAGAGGAACGUCAAUCGUGGCAUCAACGGCAGCAGCAGGUACUGGACAGUGACAUUGACCAGGUGGUUGAGCAGUCCAAGCCAUUAGCACUCAGCGACCAAGACCGACGGAAGAUGGUGGGGCUUUUCGCCAAAAAGCACGGUGACACUCUACAAGGAUUCAUUCGCGGACUGGCUGCUUUCCUUCAUUAUCAACGAAAACACUCACGCCUUGCUAUUUGGGACAUGCCGCGAGUGCGAUUGGUCACCAUAGAACAACCCCAGCUCCUCCUUGAGAUACUAGGCUUCCACGUUGUCGCCCAGUCAACUGAGCCGCAACGAACAACGGUGGUGAUCGACGAGCCCGAGAAAACAAUUCAAUUCCAGAUGAACCCCUCUAUUACCGAUAGAGAGCUUCGUCGACUUGCUUGGGCUUUGAAGCCAUCGCAUCUGGAGUCAGCAGCCGUGGAUGAGUUUGGCCUCGGAGACCAACAUCGUGACGAAGGCACCGUUGCGCAAACCGAUACAUGCUUCGGUUGGUUGAUGAGUAUCAUCACUUCUAUUUUCGAUGCCUUGCCUCUCCAUUCGUAA